CUGUCGUUGUCAAUUGUCAACAUUAAAAGUUAAAAGUGAAAACAAAUACAAAUUGCAAUACUGAUGAAACAAUUUGAACAAAUUGAAUUUUAAAUUUCAGAAAAAAUUGUCUCGUCUGAAAUUUUACCACUGUACACAUUUAUUAGCGUUUUCAAUAAGGUUACAUAAACAUGACAAAACUUUUAGAAUGGAUCUCAGUAACCUCAGCCGUUUUCGCAGUAUGGUAUUCCCUUGUAGGAGGUUACGUUAAACACAAAUUGAUUGAAGAAAACAUGACUCUUAUACUAGUAUCCCCUAUAGUAUUUGUCAUACUAUUUGGUCUAUAUGCUGUGACCAUGGUCUUAUAUAGAGUAUUUACCUUCAACAAUUGUGAGGAUGCAGCAAAGGAGCUGCAGGCAGAGAUUAUAGCGGCAAGGAAAGACUUGCACGAAAAAGGAUUGAGGUGGUAGGCAUUCCAACUAAUGUGAUCCAAGAGGCAGUAGAAGCUUUUAGGAUCUGCCUGAUACAAGUUUGUCCAUUACAUUGAUGGUCCAUAAUAAUUAUAGACUAGGCAAUGUUUUGGUACCUCCCACAUAAGUUGUUGUAAGCCAUAAUUAUCUGACAUUUUU